UUGUUUGUGAUUUAACUCUGAGUCCAAUGCGAGAAAUUUUAGUUGGAGUGGGGACUCGGACUAACGACUCCUGGUGUCGUAGUCGGACAGUGUUGCCGCUAGACCACUGCAUCCGAUCUGACAGCGGAAUCCCACCAUACAAUUGUAUUAAAUUUUAAAUGAACCAUUCUAACUUUAGCACUAAACAUUAACGACACGUUUCAAUGAAAGAAUGGAGUUGGCAACCGUAAGGUGAGAAUGAGAAUGGAAUUAGGUCAGUGCUUUCGUUUUCGGAUUAGAGAAUACAGGAUUCAAGCAGUGAUCAAUGAUGGAAGGAAAACUUACAGAGAAAGACAUGGACCAGCUGGAGCAAUGGAUUGGUACAGGAUGUAAAACCUUCACACUACUGUAUGCUAUCACACGAGACGGAUGUAGCCCAACAAUCUUCCACCAGAAAUGUGACAAUCAGGGACCCACCGUGACAGUACUAUAUAAUCAACACGAGUCAGUGUACGGUGCGUUUACCAGUGUAAGUUGGCAGUCUCUGGGUGGAAUUUACGCCAGAAACGAUAAAGCGUUUUUAUACCAGCUUAAAUAUAAUGGAAACGAAAAGAAGAAUAUGUUUCAUACUAUUAAUUCUUACCAGGCCGUGUUACACAACAAAGACUUUGGACCAAUGUUCGGAAACUGGCCCUGUGAUCUUUACACUUUUGGUGGUAGCCAGAUAGAGAAAUCAGGGACUGUUUUUCCUCUCAAUGGAUCCAUGAGCGGAUUUGGAAAAACAUUCACCAAUAAAGGAGUGACUGUUGAUCAGAUAAACAACAAUACGAUGAACGUCACUGAACUAGAAGUGUACCAAGUAACAGAUGGCCAAAGAGUGAAACAUUCACUGAAAGAAAAUACGCCAUGGCGAAAAACUAAAGAUUGGAACGAAAAGUUCCUAGAUGAGCUCAAAGAGGAGAUCGUGGCAUUUAAGCCAGUCCAAGAAUUGCAGAUAAGCGAGGCUCGAAUCUUGAUGCUAGGUCCAGUGGGUGCUGGCAAGUCCAGUUUCUUUAACACGAUAGAUUCAAUAUACCGUGGUCGAAUUACACAGCGAGCUGGUAGUGGCAGCGCAGAGCAGAGCCUCACCACAGCUUACAUACCAUAUACUGUGAAAGUAAGCUCGGGGGCAUCCUUGAACAUCCGGUUGUGUGAUACACGUGGCCUAGAAGAGUCAAUGGGUAUCGAUGUGUUAGAGUGUAAUUAUCUUCUUGAUGGGAACAUACCAAUCUACUAUGAGUUUAACCCUACCUUGCCAAUCAGUCCAAAGUCUCCAGGAUUUAAAUCUGACCCCAGCACUAAUGACGUAGUUCACUGUGCAGUCUUCGUAUUAGAUUCAACCACGCUAGAAGUGCUGUCUACAAAACUCGUUGAGAAAAUGAAGGGACUACGUGGGCUAAUGAAUCAAAAACGAAUACCACAUCUUAUUCUUUUAACAAAGAUAGACAAGCUCUGUAAAGAAGUAGAGAAAGACGUAUCUUGCGUGUAUCACAGCCGGACAGUCGAGGAAGCUGUAGAGAAAGCAUCGCAAAUUCUGGGUCUUCCGCGAGCUAACGUACUUCCGGUGAAGAAUUACGAGAAAGAGGCUGAGUUAGAUGACAAUAUUGACAUUCUAGCUUUGUUGGCCCUUCGCAAGAUGCUGCAUUCUACCGAGGAUUUCAUGCAAAAUCUGAUUGAUAGACGGAAUGAUAUUCAAGUCGAGAUGAAGAAAAUGAAUUUAAGCUCGAAAACUGAGAAUCUGCAAGGUUUAGCCCAAUAUACUAUGACUAUUAUCUUGUAAAGUGGUUGACUUUUUAUUACAUUAUUUGACAAAUUAAUCAAAAAUGAUAUAGUAUGACUUUGUAUAAAAUAAUAUAGUAUGACUUUGUA